AACAGACACUGUGUUGUGACCUGUCAGAACUUAUCCAUACACUGGCUCGUGACGCGUUCGGGAUUGCAUGUCCUGGCGGCUGCCGGCGCCGACAUGGUCUCUGAUCGGGCUAUCCGCAUUGUAUAGCGGUUCGGCCGAGCUGUGCGUCCGUUUUCCAGGUGCCAGCGUCGGCAGGGACCGAGACGAUGGGCAAAAGGAAAACCAACAAAUUUGCCCGGCCGCAUUUUUCCCCAAUAGGGCAAUCGAAUAACAUCGGAGGGCUGGAAGAGGAGGAGGAGGUGGAUGGAGAGGUUUCCUCGCCAGCCGGGGAAUUACUUGAGAAAUUACAGAAUGGGUCUGCUGAUAUUCGGGAAUUUGCAUGUGCAAGCAUUUCAAAACUCGUGCAGGAGAAAAAGGUGAUCCCCUCAUUUUUGCAAAAAGAUGCCAUUCGAUGUUUGGGACCUAUGCUGCUUGAUCCUAGUGUUGCUGUCAGGGAGACAGCUGCAGGUGCACUCAGAAAUCUUAGUGCUUGUGGAGGAUACGAUGUUUGUGAUGAGAUGGUGAAGCAAGAUGUUUUGACACCCCUUACUGCGCUGUUGCGGGAGUGCUGUACAGAAUUAAAUUCUAAUAUGGUAAAUCCUCAAAAAAUACAAGGUUCUGAUAAAAAUUAUAUAGAGGAUGUGUCCAAUGAGGCUAUCCAUCUUCUUUGGAAUUUGUGUGAAAGCAGCAGCAAGGCAGUGUCUGUCUUCAACAAAGAAGGUUUAUUGGAUAUCUGUAUUCUAUGCUUGAGAAAGUUCAAUGACAAUAUAGAAUUGGCCAUUUCUGCAGCUUAUUGUUUACAGACAGUUACUGAAGACAAUACUGAGCUUUUGGCAUCCUUAAUUCCCCCGGCCCUGCAAGUAUUGGAAAUGGUGCUGCUAUCCAAAGAAGAUACCACAGAACAUCUGCUCCUGAGGACCCUCGUAGCAGGUACAGUAUGGAAUGUGAAGAACAUUGUCCCUUCCAGCAGUCAAGCAGACACAAUAAAUGCUGUUAUAAGGAUUCUUGCAGAAGCCUUGGACAAGAAUGCAGGCCAGAUAAUUCUUACACUCAGGCAGGCUGUAUGUACAAUCCCAAAGGCUGAGGCAGAGAUUGAAAUGGAAGAGGAAAUGAACAAUACAGAUGAGAAUGUUGCUCCCAAACUGGAGGAUGGUACACAAAAAAUAUCUCAUCAGACUGAAGCAGAAAAUAUUGCAAGUGAAGACAUUUCAGAUUUUCUACCAACCCAGUGCGAGGAGUUGAGGCAUGCCACUGCUCUGCUUGAUGCUCAACAGACUGCCUUGGAGAUCAUUGUAAACAUGUGUUGUUCUGAAGAUCCUUCUGAUGAUGAGUGGGAGGAGAUGUCAAGCAGCGAUGAAAGUGAUAAUUGUAUGGCUGAAGGGUCUGAAACACUUUUCUCUCCUCUCUGCCUGUCUGCAGAGGUUAACUCUGCACUCAUUAACUACCUUAUUCCAAACAAGGUUUUGGAGAAGACAAAAUUCACGGACAAAGUUACAGUAGAUGCAUGUAUGGAAAGUCCAUCUUGGCGAUAUUUGAUUGAAAAAUUACAGCGAAUACAAUGUAGAGCCCUGACCUGCCUGCAUAAUCUUUUAUCGGUAUUGGAUGUGGAGGGGUUUGGCGGACCAUCUGCACUUCAUUCUCUUUCACAGCAUCUUGGAAAACUUGUUUUCUGUCAAUCAGAGAUCACAAAAGACUCAGAAUUCUUAGAGGCUGUGACAAGUGCUAUUAGAUCAUCGAUGCAGAUAAUGUCUUCCCAUAAUCUUCCUCAACAAUAUAUGAGUGCUGAGCAGCUGAUGAUGAUAUGUGAAGCAGGAGCCCAAUGCGAAAACAUCAGUACUCGAGUCAAUGUGGUUGCCAUGAUGGGAAUUAGUGGCAAUGUACUUUCCAAGGUGGAUAACACAGCUGAAACUCUCAAGAUAAUGGGUAAUUUUUUGCUCGAAGUAGUCACCAAGGAUUCUUCACUCGUAGUCGUAGGUGAAGCCCUGGAUGCCAUCAUUGAUGUCUUUGCUGAUGGAAAAGAGGCAGAUAAAGCAGCAGAUGAGAUGAAACUGGUCCAUAUUCUGAAGUCUUUCCAGCCAGUCUUCAAGUUGAGGAUCCAAAAGGAAGUGAAAGAUAACCUCACCCCAGAUCGACGAUUGGUCCUUGACAACGUGAAGCUCAAUCUGCGGCGAUUUAUUGCCUACCGUGAAGCUUUAACGAAAAAAUAAGCAGAGAUUCACGAAGGCUGGUUUGAAGUUGAGCCACUAUUCAUAUUUUUCACUUGAGAACUUGUUCCAACCUUCAGAUGUAAAAUGGUUAUAUCUGGUGAUCAGUUUAUAAAUCAAUUUUUAUGCAUAAAGUAUUUUUAUUAAAUAUUCAGUAUAGUUUUUAAAAAUCGUUUAAAUUGGUCAUAAUAGUUUAUGAUUACUUAGAAAACAAACUUUUUAAUUCUCUUACAUUGGUCAAGUUUAAAAGCUCUUUUUGAGUACAUAAAUUACAUCACAAGUGGUUUUGUAACAUGACAAGUAUUGCAUAUAGUGCAAACAACUAACGUCAAUCUCAAAGGAAUCAACUGGAAGAAGAUUGAUUUUAAUAAAGUU